GAAAAGACAUCUGUAUCAGAGACUGCCCUCAGACGUGGUGAGAUCUAUGCCAACUCCUUAAAAGCUGGCACACCAAAUCACAAUGGGUCUGAUUCAAUCCUCUCUGAUGAUAAUGGAGACAUAUCUAACUAAUCCCACUUCUAAUUACCUUUCUUUUUCUCCUUACACACCUAAAAAUCUCACCGUUUCUAUUAGCCUGAAAAUACCAUCCCUCUGUUCUUCUCUUCCUCCUUCAGCACUCAAUCUCGCUUACAAUGGGCUUUAUUUGAUUAUUCUCCUCCUUAUACCUUCUGUCUCACCAGUUUUCUCUCACACUGAUUUACCUGCUACACAAAAUUAUUCUUCUUGGGCUUAUGUGCCUUUUCCUCCACUUAUUCGACCUCUCACUUGGAUGGAUGCUCCUGUGGAAAUCUACACUAACAAUGGUGUGUGGAUGCCUGGAGCUACAGAUGGCUGUUUCUCUGCUCAACCAGGAGAAGAAGGCACUGCAUUUAAUGUUACCAUGGGUUAUAAAUACCCUGCUCUGUGUCUCAGACAUGCACCUGGUUGUAUCCAUCUAGAAACUCAAAUCUGGGCUGCUUAUCUUCCGAAAAGAUCAGCUGCAGAGGAACUGGGACAUUUGGUCUCUGGCCUCUCCCUUUCUCCUUUAAAACAAAUGAAAGGGGGAGUAAUGGGAGAUACCCCAUCCUUUCAAUAUAAACCUGCAGGAAAACCAUGCCCUAAACAUUUUGAGGGCCCAUCUAAAACUUUAAUUUGGGAAGAUUGUGUUAAUUCACAUGCAGUAAUAUUAAAAAAUGACUCAUAUGGUUUAGUAAUAGACUGGGCACCAAAGCGCUAUUUAAAAAGCAAUUGCUCCUCUGGCGGAAAGGAAUGCCUGGAGGCUACUUAUUUUAUUUCUUUUCAGGAAAAUGAGAAUCAUCAUUCUACUUUGCAUAGGAGGUUCAGCUCAUUCUUUCCCUUAAAAUGGGAAGAUAAAGGCAUUACCCGCCUGAGGCCUCAUGAGAUACUCCCCAUUCUGAGCCCAGAACACCCAGAACUUUGGAAAUUGGCUAUUGCUAUGUCUGAACUGCGAAUAUGGGAAGGGAAACUAUUCUGUCUGUUGUCCCCACUACCAACCCCAUCUGUCAGUAUCAAUAUAGAUCCAGACAUUCUGCUAUACUUACCUCCAACCUGACUGUUCCCAUACAGAGUUGUGUUAAGCCUCCUUACAUGCUGUUAGUGGGAAAUAUCAAAAUUUGGAUGAACAAUCAAACUGUCCAAUGCAUUACCUGUCAUUUAUACACUUGUAUAAACUCUCAUUUUGACUCCAGGAAAAGUGUAAUGUUGGUUCGAGCUCGAGAAGGAAUCUGGAUUCUGGUAACUUUGCCCAGACCUUGAGAAUCCUCCCCCUCAAUACAGUUAAUUAAUGAAGUGUUACGGCGAAUUCUAAAAAGAUCUAAGAGUGUACCGGACCAGUCAAAGAAUCCUGCGUCAAAAUUGAGAGAAUGAACAAGCCUUCAUUGCCAUGGCACAUUUAUAUGAAAAGAAAGGGAAAGAUGUGGGAAGUCAGGGACCCUGAAAGGAGGGACCAGCUGAAGC